UAAUGAAAAAGAAGAAAGAAAUGAAAAAGAAGAAGAAACAAAGAGAAAAAAAACAAGAUAAAGAAAUGAAAAAGGGAAGAAAAAAAGAAAAAAAGAAGAAAAAAGAACAAAGACAAAGAAACGAAGAAAGAAAGAAAAAGAGAAAAAAUGAAAGAGAAAAAAACAAGACAAAAAAUGCAAAAAGGAAGAAAAAGAGAAGAAACGAAGAGAAAAAAGAAUAA